GGCCGCCAUCUUGCUUUGCGGUGCUGGUAUUUAGAGCGCAGCGCCUGACUGGCGGGGUCGCCUUCCCAUCCGCUGCCUCGACGAUCUUCGCUUGCCUCCUCGCUCGCUGUCCCGUUGUCCUAGCUCGCCGCCGCCCGCUGAGCUUGUCUUUUCCCUGCUUGCAGACAUGGCUGACAUCAAGAACAACCCCGAAUAUUCUUCGUUUUUCGGUGUCAUGGGCGCCUCGUCCGCCAUGGUCUUCAGCGUUCUUUUUCUGCACCCAGCUUCUAGGAUCUCUUGUAUGAAGACCUUGCAUGUGCUAAAGCUGGCCAACAGCCAUGGGAGCCGCCUAUGGCACAGCCAAGAGUGGCACUGGCAUCGCAGCCAUGUCAGUCAUGAGGCCAGAGCUGAUCAUGAAGUCCAUCAUCCCAGUGGUUAUGGCUGGGAUCAUCGCCAUCUACGGCCUGGUGGUGGCAGUACUUAUCGCUAACUCCCUGACUGAUGGCAUCACCCUCUACAGGAGUUUUCUUCAACUGGGUGCUGGCCUGAGUGUGGGGCUGAGUGGCCUGGCUGCUGGCUUUGCCAUUGGCAUCGUCGGAGAUGCUGGUGUUCGGGGCACUGCCCAGCAGCCUCGACUGUUCGUGGGCAUGAUCCUGAUCCUCAUCUUUGCGGAGGUGCUUGGCCUCUACGGUCUCAUCGUGGCCCUAAUCCUCUCCACAAAGUAGUCCUUUUCCACCAUCAGUCACAGGAUAGGAUGUAAAGAUCACCCCUCCUCAUUCCAGAACGAACAGCCUGACACAUGCACGGGCAGCUGCCCCUCAGUAGUUGGUCUUGUAAAUGUGCAGUGUCCUAGUGCCCAUUGUCUGUCGCCCCCGCCUUGCCCCUACUGCACCGUGCUGUGGACAUACGGGCCCACUCAUCUCCCACCCAGGCCCCUGACCAGUGACGAAGUCAGCCUCUGGUUACCCCACCCAUCGCCCUAGAGUGCUCCUGUGUAUAAGAAUGAACUAGAGUUGUCAUUUUUCUCUUCACUGGAUGUUUAUUUAUAAAAGAUUUGACCUAUUCAUGCGUCUGUGGAGCAGCUCCUGUCUCCCAACUAUAUAGUAAUCAUUAGUAGACUGUUGCCUUGUGGGGUUCCUGUUGCUGAGACUCCUUGGAUGGAGCCACCCUUCCCCCUGCCCUGAACAGCCAGGGUGGAGGAUAGAGUGCUACUGCUCCUCAGAGCUGGCUCCCAGCUGUGUCCAAUAAAAGUUCUCGGAUGUGA